AUGUUGCGAAGCUCCGUGUGUAGAGCUGGCACUCGGGUGCUCCAGGCCUCGAAACCCACGGCCUCGUCGAGCUUCUCGACGAUCGCGUCGCGAACCUCUGCGAGGAAGCUCGCCUCUGCCCGUCGCCCCUUGGCCUUGACCAGCCAACGUCAUUAUGCGAGCGCAACCGACUCGGCCCCGAACCCCAACGACAACUUCCUGUCCGGCAACACCGCCAACUACAUCGAUGAGAUGUACAUGCAAUGGAAGCAGGACCCCAAGAGCGUUCACGUCUCAUGGCAGGUCUACUUCAAGAACAUGGAGAACGGCGACAUGCCCAUCUCCCAGGCCUUCACUCCUCCCCCUUCUCUGGUUCCCGGUGCCAUCGGUGGUGUUCCUGCCCUCGGCGCCAGCCUCGGUGAGGGCUCUGAGAUCACCAACCACUUGAAGGUCCAGCUUCUCGUGCGUGCCUACCAGGCUCGAGGCCACCACAAGGCCAACAUUGACCCUCUGGGCAUCCGAAACGAAUCCACUGGCUUUGGUAACAUCAAGCCCAAGGAGCUUUCCCUCGAGCACUACCAGUUCACCGAGAAGGAUCUCGACGCCGAGUACGAGUUGGGACCCGGCAUUCUCCCCCGCUUCAAGAGAGAGGGCCGUGAGAAAAUGACGCUCCGCGAGAUCAUUGCCGCUUGCGAAAAAAUUUACUGCGGUUCCUACGGUGUCGAAUUCAUCCACAUCCCCGACAGAGAGAAGUGCGACUGGCUGCGCGAGCGCAUUGAGGUUCCCCAGCCCUUCAAGUACUCUAUCGACGAGAAGCGCCGUAUCCUCGAUCGUCUUAUUUGGAGUUCGAGCUUUGAGUCUUUCCUCGCCACCAAAUACCCCAAUGACAAGCGUUUCGGUCUCGAGGGUUGCGAGACCCUGGUUCCCGGUAUGAAGGCCCUCAUCGACCGUAGCGUUGAUUACGGCGUCAAGGACAUUGUCAUCGGCAUGCCUCACCGUGGUCGUCUCAAUGUCCUCAGCAACGUCGUCAGAAAGCCCAACGAGUCCAUCUUCAGCGAGUUCGCCGGAACUGCCGGUGGUGAGGACGAAGGCUCCGGUGACGUCAAGUACCAUCUUGGUAUGAACUUCGAGCGCCCUACCCCCUCCGGAAAGCGUGUCCAGCUUUCUCUCGUCGCCAACCCUUCCCACUUGGAGGCUGAAGACCCUGUCGUUCUCGGCAAGACCCGUGCUAUUCAGCACUACAACAACGACGAGAAGACUCACCGCACCGCCAUGGGUGUCCUCCUCCACGGUGACGCCGCCUUCGCUGCUCAGGGCGUUGUCUACGAGUGUCUCGGGUUCCACUCUCUGCCGGCCUUCUCGACUGGCGGCACCAUCCACCUCGUUGUUAACAACCAGAUCGGUUUCACCACUGACCCUCGUUUCGCUCGCUCCACCCCAUACUGUACCGACAUUGCCAAGGCGAUCGAUGCCCCCGUUUUCCACGUCAAUGCCGACGACGUCGAGGCCGUCAACUUCGUUUGCCAGAUCGCCGCUGACUGGCGCGCCGAGUUCCAGCAAGACGUCAUCAUCGACUUGGUCUGCUACCGUAAGCACGGCCACAACGAGACCGACCAGCCCUCCUUUACCCAGCCUUUGAUGUACAAGCGCAUCCAGGACCACGAUUCCCAGAUUGGCAUCUACAUCAACAAGCUCCUGGAGGACGGCAGCUUCACCAAGGAGGAUAUCGAUGAGCACAAGCAGUGGGUCUGGGGCAUGCUCGAGGAGAGCUUCUCCAAGUCCAAGGACUACCAGCCUACCUCUAAGGAGUGGACCACUUCCGCCUGGAACGGCUUCAAGUCCCCCAAGGAGCUGGCCACUGAGGUUCUUCCCCACAACGAGACCAGCGUCGAUGGCAAGACUCUGGAGCACAUUGGCACCGUCAUUGGCAGCACUCCCGACGGCUUCCAAGCUCACCGCAACCUGAAGCGUAUCCUCUCCAACAGGACCAAGUCGGUUGUCGAGGGUCAGAACAUCGACAUGCCCACUGCUGAGGCUUUGGCUUUCGGUUCGCUCGUCACUGAGGGCCACCACGUCCGUGUUUCCGGCCAGGAUGUCGAGCGUGGUACUUUCUCUCAGCGUCACGCUGUUUUCCACGACCAGGCGACUGAGGACACCCACACUCCUCUCCAGCACAUCAGCAAGGACCAGGGCAAGUUCGUCAUCUCCAACUCCUCGUUGAGUGAGUUCGGCGCUCUCGGUUUCGAGUACGGUUACUCUCUGUCCUCCCCUAACGCCCUUGUCAUGUGGGAGGCCCAGUUCGGUGACUUCGCCAACAACGCGCAGUGCAUCAUUGACCAGUUCAUCGCUUCUGGUGAAGCCAAGUGGAUGCAGCGUACUGGUCUUGUCGUCUCUCUCCCUCACGGCUACGACGGCCAGGGUCCCGAGCACUCCUCCGGUCGUCUGGAGCGCUGGCUCCAACUCUGCAACGAGGACCCUCGUGUCUUCCCCUCUCCUGAGAAGCUGGAGCGCCAGCACCAGGACUGCAACAUCCAGAUCGCCUACAUGACCAGCCCGUCCAACCUGUUCCACGUCCUCCGCCGACAGAUGCACCGUCAAUUCCGCAAGCCUCUUAUCAUCUUCUUCUCCAAGGCUCUCCUGCGUCACCCUCUUGCCCGCUCCAACAUUGAGGAGUUCACUGGAGAUUCUCACUUCAGAUGGAUCAUUCCCGAUCCUGAGCAUGAGACUGGUGCUAUCAAGUCCAAGGAGGAGAUUGACCGUGUCAUCCUCUGCUCUGGUCAGGUCUGGGCCACUCUGUCCAAGUACCGCGCCGACAACAAGAUCGACAACGUUGCCUUCACUCGUCUUGAGCAGCUGAACCCCUUCCCCUGGCAACAAUUGAAGGAGAACCUCGACCAGUACCCUAAUGCCAAGACUAUCGUCUGGUGCCAGGAGGAGCCCCUCAACGCGGGAGCCUGGAGCUUCACGCAGCCUCGUUUGGAGACCCUGUUGAACCAGACAGAGCACCACGACCGCAAGCACGUCAUGUACGCGGGCCGUGGACCCAGUGCAUCUGUUGCUGCUGGUAACAAGGGGCUGCAUAACAAGGAGGAGCAGGAGUUCCUGGAGAUGGCUUUCAACGUUAAGCAGGACAAGCUGAAGGGUGAGUAA